UAUAUACUUUGUUUUCAAGAAUAGACAUAUAUAAUCACUACAAAUACGUCUCCCACUGGACAAAAACACACUCAUACGCACACGCACACAUAGUCGUGAACAGAAACAUGGCACACGCUCAGAGGAAUAUUAACAAAUACACGGGAGUGCUAUUUAAUUAUUACAAUACAAUAGAUAGAAGAAGAUAAAGAUUGACUUCGAUGAUUCACCUUUGACAUGAUGCUUUAUUCGAGUUUGACACACGUACGUAGAGUGACACACAUUCAUUUCAGAAACGAUUUAACUGCGUUGCUCGUAAAUAAGUGAUACACAAUUAACUUUCUCUUGAAUUAAACUCUGCGAUCUUCAAGAUCUCCUUUCUAUGAAGAGUUUGUCAAUGUUUCUAUGGACAACCGUACUCGACCGAGAAUUCCCGAAAGUGUCGGUGAGUUUUCAGGCUUACAGAGUCCUGUGCUCGACACUCGACAUUUCGACAAAUCUCAUCUGCACGAAACUGGAAGCAAGUCAAACGUUUACAAUGCUAUCGUCAUUCAGGUUCACCGAUAAGGCUUUAACCUUUUCUCGAAAACCAGGCUUUAGUUGGUUCGAGUUUAUCGAAAUAAGGAAGGUCUUGAGCGGUGGGUCAUAAAUAGCUGCUGGUCAGAUGAAGUGCUUGCACUAGACAGAUGACAUGAGGUAAGAGCACAUUAAAACAAGAUAUAUUGUUAUUAUUAUUAGAUGAAUUUUUUCUUUGCAGUUAGAAAACACAAAUAACUUCCGUUGUAAACAACCGACCGUUUAAAGUCUCACAUAUGUCACAGCCAACAUCUGGUAGAUAAACGCGCAGAUCCAUCUACAGCCAUAUGACCCGAAAUGCUAACAUCUAAUGUCAUACAACUCAUGCUAGCAUAUGAUGCUUUUAGAAAAGAUUGCUUUACUUUUAAAAGAUUUUUUUUCUCGUAGAAACCAUAAUUUCGUCAGUAGAUAGCAAUAGAAUUAUGAGUUACUAUGCCUAUUAUGUAAAAUAUUACUUUGUUUCUUCGUGUGUUUGUGUAUGAGUAAGUAUAAGUGUGUGUGCGCGUGUGAAACAGAUUGCACUGACUGUGAGUGUAUUAUAAUUUUAUUAGUGCAUUACACAGUUUAUCGUUCUUUUCUCUCAUUCGUUUUCUUUUAUCCUUUUAGAUAACCUCUCAUUGUGCUCUCAGUUACAAAGAUAGCCAUACAUUUUUAGAACGGGCUCAGGCCCGAGUCUGUAGGUUCAAGGAGAGUCUAGUCACAGCCAUAACCUAGGAGGCGACGUAAACAAACAAUAACAGUCCUGGUAGCCACAGAUAGGCGGUACACAAGGGAGAAACAAGGUAGCGCGUGCCUCGUACCUCGUACCUUACCUUUAGGAGGUAAAGAACGGUUUGAACCUAGUUGCCAAACUUCUUGAAGACGAGAGUAACCUCAGUUCCACCAGCUUUUCAUAAUGUUUGAAGUCUACAGACUAAUAGUUCUGAUUCCAUUAGCGGUUCAAGGGGACAAAGACACCAAGUGCACGGCAACAGAUGGGAAAAAUUUAAAGUGCCAAUUCCCAGAGAAUAUCAACUCCACGAGAAAAGACUUUUCAGUAUAUUUUUAUCCCGACACAGGAGUAGAAGAUAAGGUGGUGGACUGUGUAUGGAUCAAUGAGCAGCUCCACUGUAUCAGACAGGAGGGCUUUGAGUGUCAGCAGCCUGUGUCAGACAAUGCUGUCAUUGAUGUCCCCACAAGAUUUGUCAACAAAACUGGGAGCUACAGGUGCAACACUAACGGCUACAGGCCUACAGCCAUCUCAACGUGUCGUUUUAAUAAAAAUAAAGGUCAAGAGCAAUUAGCAGCUUGUGAGGCGAACAAAACUAGGGGUGGUCCUCAAGUGAUUUUGAACUGCAAAUUUUCUUUCAACGUGGACAGCUUUAGCAUCACACAGAACACAACUGUUGUAGCCCGUUUCACUAAGUCAGAGUGUGAAAGCUCAUCCACGGCGUGUAGUCACGAGCCGGAGGACAGCCAAGACAUAUUCCAUGUGAAGCUGGAUGUCACCAGCUACCCACAUGGCGAAUAUAUCUGUCACCCGGACUCGUCUUCUCCACAGCUGCAAGUCAAAGGGUGCAUGGUAUCUGAGGAUACAGCGAGUGAAAGUCCGUCAGUGCCUGUGCUUGCAGUGGUCUUGCCAAUCAUUUGUGUCUUGUCUGUUGUAUCAGUAGUGGGCAUCGUUCUCAUCAUCAGAAGACGAAGGAAAAACACUAAUAAAAUGAAUGAUGAUGCAGAAGAAGAAACUAAGCAUUUUGAAGUUGUCACGUGACAUGGGCCGCUGUAUUCUUCAUCUCGGCAGAAAUGCUUUGAUAUUGAUGAACUACAUGCGGACCACAUCAUCGUUUGAUUUCGUCAAGAUGUCUGGCUUCAAAUCUUGGACACAGAACUCUUUUGGAGUCAUUUCGAUUAAACAAACUGUAGCAAAGGGUUAAAAGAUUGUGACAUUUUCCAUCUUUGUCUUUUUAAUGUAACAGUUUUGAUACAUUGAAUCUGAUUAUCUUGAUGACCUUACCUUGCAGGUUUAAAAAUAGUGGCUUCUUCUAAUGAUAAGGUAUCUUUAUCUAUUUAUGGACUUCAUUUCUUCUAGCACUGAGGGAGGGAGACAGCGAUUGUAGCGUUUGUGGUGGUCGUUUUAUUUCGGCAGCAAUGUUUUGAUAUUUUAACGGCCAUACGGACAAUAAAAGCACCUGUUUCUUUUAUUGUGUUAUUCUUAGUAAAUAUAACACUGUUUUCCCAAGUAAAGGUUUUUCAAUGAGUACAAGAAAACUGAAUAUUGUUACUAGUUCUAUAACUAAAGAAGUUUUCGUUUGCAUCAUUCAAGAUGGCGUUUCAUUUACAUCAGAAGUUUGUUGCAUCUCUUUUCAUUUGAGAUCUUCUUCUGACUAGCAAACAUUUUAAAAACAA